ACAGAUUCCGUACGAGAGCGCUCCGAGUUGUAGAGACAGACGGACGGACACAGACACGGCCGUUGGACCUUACUGACUGCUACAUUUCAGGAAUGGGAAACCAUAUUGUCUUUGACCGUAACAACAAGAAGAUGCCACUGGGUCACGAUUGCCAUGCCUGGAAAAAGAAGACCACAGAUGUGAAAGAUCAGUAUGACUUCAAAGAGAUCUUGGGAACGGGAGCUUUCUCUGAGGUGGUCCUGGCUGAGGAGAAGGGUACCCAGAAAUUGGUGGCUAUCAAGUGUAUCCCCAAGAAGGCUUUAGAGGGCAAGGAAAACAGCAUUGAGAAUGAGAUAGCAGUCCUGCACAAGAUCAAACACGCCAACAUUGUAUCUCUGGAAGAGAUAUUUGAAAGUAAAUCACACCUCUACCUUAUCAUGCAACUGGUAUCUGGCGGAGAACUCUUUGAUCGUAUCAUAGAGAAGGGCUUCUACACGGAGAAAGAUGCCAGUAAGCUCAUUCAGCAGAUUCUGGAUGCCGUCAAAUACCUCCACGACAUGGGCAUUGUGCACCGUGACCUCAAGCCAGAGAAUCUGCUGUACUACAGCAUGGAUGAAGACUCCAAGAUCAUGAUCAGUGACUUUGGUCUGUCUAAGAUUGAGGGCUCUGGCAGUGUGAUGUCAACAGCUUGUGGAACACCUGGAUAUGUUGCCCCUGAAGUGUUGGCUCAGAAACCCUACAGUAAAGCAGUGGAUUGCUGGUCUAUUGGUGUCAUAGCCUAUAUUCUGUUGUGUGGUUACCCUCCGUUCUACCAUGAGAAUGAUGCCAAACUGUUCGAACAGAUCCUGAAGGCAGAAUACGAGUUUGAUUCUCCUUACUGGGAUGAUAUCUCUGAUUCAGCUAAAGACUUUAUAGUCCACCUGAUGGAGAAAGACUCCAACACACGUUACACCUGUGAUCAGGCUCUGCAGCACCCCUGGAUUGCUGGGGAUACUGCUCUGGAUAAGAACAUCCACGAGUCUGUCAGUGCUCAGAUCAAGAAGAAUUUUGCUAAGAGCAAGUGGAAGCAAGCAUUCAACGCCACAGCAGUGGUCCGUCACAUGAGGCGUCUCCAGCUGGGCACCAGCCACGAGGGACCCAACCCGCCCCUGGCCAGUCCGUGCCAAACUCAUCUGCUUGAGGAAGGAGCAGAUGCUUGUUGCGAGGGAGGAUGCUCCCAGAACCUCGACGGCGGAGCUGACCCCCUGUCCAACUGCACCUACCGCUGCCACCCAACCAGCAGGGUGUGAUCCCUGCACCUGCUCCACUUACUUGCCUAAUCAAUCCCAGUGACUUUCCAAAUUUUACCCCCUCGGUGGAACGGGAGGUACCAUCUCCCCCCUUAUCUGGUUAGGAAUACAGCGUCAUUCCAACCUCUCGCCUGCAGGGGGAGCAAGUCUGUCCAGGCUGAGACGGAAGACCUAAAAUGGGAUGAAAGGAGGAGUAGGGAGACUUGAUGAUGAUGAUGAUGCACCGGAGGAUUACUUUUACAGACUGGGGUGGUAGUUUGGGAUGAGUUAAAAUGGGGAGAGGAUACAAAGGAAGGAGGGGAAGAUAACCUCCUCCACCAGCAUGUCAGGGGGGAUUGUUUUUUGCUGAAGCAGGACAGAGCUCGUUGAACACUGUUUUUACUCAUUUUUGGUUCAGUCUGUCUCUUUGUUUGUUUGUUUUUGUUUAUUGUUUUAUACAUAUAUAUAUAUAUAAAUAUAUAUUUGUGUUGUCUUUUUAACCUCCUACUGUGGAGUGUAAAUCCAGAGACAAUAUCUGCAUGAUGAGGAGAGCGUUUCCCCAUGCAUGUUUUGUUAUCUUAAGAGAUAUACCCUGUUGCAGAAAUGCAGUAUCACAGUACAAUGCAAAUGAUGGAGUGUUGCGUGCAAAGUUGCUAAGGAAUAGAGCAUUUUGAUGCGUUGCAGUAUUUGAAAUGAAAUUGAGUCAAAUCUUGUAAUUUUUUCUGAUCUGCAUUCUAUGUCUUUAAGUCAUGCUUUCAGACAAUCAGUAAGAAUAGUUUAUGCAAUGAAAACUCCAUAUAUGGACUAUGUAGCCUUCCUUGUGGCGAUAUAGUGUUUCCAUGCAGCGGUUAGGCUUCUCCCUUCUCUUUUUUCAACCCCAACCUCUUUAACCACUUGAGCACAGGGAUAUAUCUUGUCUAAGGUGCCUUUAGGAUAUACAGUAUGAUGAGUUUAUUUUCAGGUAGCUUCUGAAAUGUUUUGUCAAAGCAUAGACUCUUUCAGUCACUCCAUAUUUUGUAUGUAUCACAUUUUAAACUUUAAAAUGCAGUCAUCAUUACAAUAUGAAACAAUAAUAUUGUUAAAGCCUUUCUGGAGAGCUUAAUCAGGAUUAUUUUCAAAAAGAAUCCGUCAAACACAUGUUUUUUCAGAAUUAUUAUUAGUAUAUUGCCAGCUCUCUCAAAUACAUCAACACAUAUAAAGGAACUGUGUUGAUGUAUUUCAACACAAAUCCUAUAGUAACUUUUAUGAAAGAAACAGCAUUUGCAAACCAGAAAAGGCAUUGAUCAGUGUGCUUAGCCAUACUUGAGACUAGGCUGAUUUAGUAGGAUUAAGUAUGUUGUGUGAAUGCAAAAAAACAAAAAAGACUGCAACCAAAAUAUGAUAUGCAUCUGUCACCAUGUACUGUAAUCGUACCCUCAUUCCUAUCCUUUUCUUUUUACAUUAUUUUACAGACUCAUGUCCUCAACAUGCAGCCUGUUUAGAAAGGAAACCUGGAUUAAAAAAUGUGAAUAUGCAUCAGAUUGACUCGCUUCAUCUAUGCUGCACAUCCACCGGUGUUUUUUAUGGUUGUGUGUGCAUGAAGGGUACAAACUCUGUAUUCAUUUUCCAUUCAUUCACCUCUUUUUUUUUUUUUUUAAACAGACAAACUUAUAGCAGGGUUUGCUCUUUUACAAUGUAAAUUCUUUAGAGGAGAAUGGUGCUCAGACUGUAAGAUGUAGAGGAGCUUAAUGCACAUUUGUUUGAAUCCUCUGUAAUUCAUUUUGGACUGCCCUAGAUGGCUCACAGAUCUCCACUAAGGCAGUGAAAGUGAUGCUGAGAUCUUGCACCGACCAUAGCUUCAUCCAUCCUCUGAUUUCAUUGUCCUGUCCUUAACAGGAUCACAUUUUCUUUUUAACCGUUUCUUUUUCUCUCUGAUACAACCAUAUACACAUUCGGUACUGAUGUGAUUAGCAUGAUGUAGCUUAGAAUUUGUCAAAUCCCAUGAUCAACAAUGAGUAGUAUGUACACUUCUUGUGAUAAUGUAACAGAUGCCAUGAGAUGAGUGCUUUUAAAAGGAGAGAUUUUGUCAGAGGUUUUACUCUUUUAGCAAGUUAAAAAUUCUCUUCAAGUUCAAUGUGCUGCUUCAAAGUCUUUGAGCUUUAUUCUGCGUUCCUAAUUGGAUAGGCGUUGUAGUGUGGUGACUCCAAACUGUAAAGCGUAGAUAAAAGAUUUUUUAAUUUCUGUGAUUUUCAGUGUGAAUUGUUCGUACUUCAUGAAUUACUGUGACAGAGAAAGACCCUAACAAGCAGAGGAAAGCUGAGGCAUGGUGGCGGUUGUUGUCCUCAGUCUUGUCAUGUUGGCAGACUGACAAUAUCACAAUUAAUCUUCUGAUAAUAAAAACAACUCCGCUAAUUUGACAUAUAGCCACAAACAUUCAGUCAUAAAUCUCCUGUAGUCCUAUUUAGCUCCUGUAAUCUGCCUACUAAUGAUUCAUUUUAAUGUAUUAAUAUACUGUACAAAGUUUUUUACAUACUUUGAAUUAGCACACUUAAUCCUAAAAGUGCUCAAAAAUGAUUCCCAAAAACCCUAAAUGAAAAACUUAUUUGUAGGAAAAAAUCUAAAGAUAUAUUAGAGAAGUAAAAGAAUUUUGUUAAAUUCACUUUGUUAUAAUUGAGCACUGUGAGUGAGCAUUGAACCACCAAACCUAACAGAGAAAUCUCUGGAUGUUUGUUCUUGUGCUGUUCUUUGCUGAGGCAACGAACCUGGAAACUAAAUAUUUUUACAUUCCAGUGCAAUGAAACAAAUGACGAUGAAAUACAUAACCAAGUAGUAUCCCAUUACCUCACCACUCAACCACCUUGGCAGGAAAAUAGCAGGAGUGAUAUGACAUACUGUAGGCCUACAUACAUUUCGUUCCUGGAGUUUACAAUGCAUCAGCCAGAAAGAAUUCAAUGAUUUGUGUGAAGGUUUCUCCUUUGAUCGCUCAUUAACCACUUGUAGAGAAUGACCAAUGUGUGAUAACAUUGUUAAAUAAAUAUGUUGCCUUUUAAGAAAUGCUGUUUUGGGCUACAGUGCGCUGUAUACACCAUAGACUGUAAAAAUAAGUAUACAUAGAUGCAGUGCAUCAUGGGUUGUUGAAAAGUGAUUACUGCUCAGUGUGAAAGCCAGUGACUUGUGCUUGAAACAGAUUUGUGAGUGAAAUGCACAUUAAAUUCCCUGCUAUGCAUUAUGAA